AACGUAACCGGGAAUAUGGGAACAGUGGGGAGGAGGGGGGGAGCUUCCGAGGCGUUUGUUUUUGUUUUGUUUUUGUUUUGUUGCUUCGACCUUUCUUCGUUGUUGUUGUUGUUCUUCGUUGUUCCUCUUUCUUUCCUGGUCCUUUUUCGAGGGUCCGAAGCAUCGAGACAUCGGGGCUGCGGCGUGCGAGAUGGGCAAGAGGGGCCAGCGAGCCUUCGAGCGCACCCUUGUCUGCGUGAUCCAGGCGCUUAUGGGCUUGGAGCUCCUUGUAGAGCUGCGCAACGACCUCUCCAUACGCGGCAUUCUCGACGAUUGCGACAAUGCCAUGAAGGGGUCCAGAAGCAGCUUCCACUUGUGUUCCUAAGAGGAAGCAACAUACGCUUUGUGCAUAUUCCGGAUAAUGUGGACAUCAUGAAACUCGUGGAAGAGAGGCGUUUAAUGCUCGAUCAAGCUGCAACUGCCUACACGGGGAAAGGAGCACCAGCUCCCAAGCCACAGGCAAGCGUAACAACAGCUUAAGUAUGCCAUUCAACUCUCUCUUUGUGCAGUGAUGCAAGGACGAUUGUGUUGAAGUGGAUGUAUUGUAUGAAGAUGAGAUUAAUGCAAUAAUCGCCAGAACAGGUGGUAAGCAUUCAAGCUGCUCCCAAAUUCUUGUGCCAUUGCACAACCAUUUGCUGCACAGUCUGUUUCAGACAAGUAAGCACUGCAAGACCUUGACAAAGCAAGUACUCUUGUUUGGUUUAGAGGUUUGUUUUCUCUGGUCACAGUUGCAAAAGCCAUUCAUACCUCCAUUCACAUGAUUUGACUGUGCAUAGCCUGGCAACUUCUCGUGCAACAUAACUAUGUAUCGUCAUUAGAUUGUAAAAAAAUCAAUCAACAUUAUGCAUUUCAUGUAAUUAUAAUGAUGUGUUUAUUUGAUUACCCAUCA